AUGGAGAAGGACGCACGCGAAGAAGAAAGCUGCGAAGGAACAAGAAUCUUUGGAGAAGGAAGAAGAUUUGAGAUGAGAGGCGUGUUUGGGAUGAGAAGGAAGAAGAUUGAAUUAAUCGGGAAGACGUUCGACGGGUAUAUAUGUACACGUAGAGGGGUAAAGGAAGAAGAAAAAGAAAUGGGUUACAUUGGAGCACAUGGAGUCGCGGCCUUACAUAGGCACAAGUACAGUGGAGUGGAUCACUCGUUGGUGGCCAAAUAUGUGUUGCAGCCUUUCUGGACUCGAUGUUAUUUGGAUGCUGUUCUUCAUAUUAUGUUGGAUGCUACUGAGGCAUUGACUAUCACAGAAUUUGUAGAACCGGAAAGAUUGAAAAACCGUGGUAGAAGCUACGAGAAUGGCCAUGGAGCACCUUUUGUUCCAGCCGUGCACUACGAUGAAAGUGGCUUCUCUUAUACUUCAGUAACAGGAGAGAUAAUACUCUCGCUUAUAACCUUGCCAAUAUUUCAAGUUGAGGACCGACCCGAAGCUCUAUCUGAUCUGCUCCACUUGGUCGAUGAACUCUUCCUGCUUCCUCCCUUGGUGGAUAAGUCAAAAACCUUGCUUGUUACGACUCCCGGAAUUUCAUCGUCUUCUGAGCCGUUCUAA